AAUUCCAAAAUUUAGAAAAAUCCAAUUCCUAAUCCAAUUUCUAUAUUGUACAAGUGAAAGAAAAAAACCCUAAUUUCGUUGAUUCAGUUUUCAUUUCAGCCUCGUAUUACAUAUCUCUCUCUCUCCCCCCCUUCCCCUUUCUGACUGUCUAUAUCCAAUUUUUCCAAUCUCUCCCCGUCUCUCUCUCUCUCCCCGCGUUUUCUCAUUCUUCUUCUUUCUCACCGCCCACAUACCGUUUUCCUCGAUCGAUCCGUCCCUUUCUCUUUCGUUACAGGUUUUGGAAUUAGAAGUGCAGUAAUGUCUCCGGCAGCUAGGUCCAAGUCAAAGGAUAAAAAGAUGAGCAAGGAACCACCCAAAGUUGCUUCAAAGCCUUCAAGUGCAAAUGCAGGUGGUGGGGUUCCCACUAGUGGAUACAAUCCUCUUCUUGGGACAUUCCAUACACUUGACACAGCUCCUGUGACUUCGAAUGCUGCUCUUCAUGUCAAUGGUCGUUUCAGAAACAUUGAUGAGACAGAUGACCCUAGUGGGCACUCUCUCGGAGCUGGUGGAGAGUAUGAUGCUGUUUCCAAUAAUGAUAGCUGGUCUGGUGAGUCGGAGGAUCAUAAAGAGAGAACUUCUAAUCUUCCUCCCCGACAAGAGACAUUACCUGGUGCUGAUAAUGACAAGCGGGAAAAAAUCCGUCAGAAAAAUGAGAGGAAGCAUCAACGUCAGAAGGAGAAGCGAGCACAAGAGUUGCAUGAAAAGUGUAGUGGCUAUCUCAUGUCAAGAAAGCUGGAAGCACUUGCUCAGCAGCUUGUGGCUAUGGGGUUCUCCUUGGAACGGUCAACUAUGGCUCUUAUUCUGAAUGAAGGCAGAGUAGAAGAGUCAGUAGCAUGGUUAUUUGAAGGAGGUGAAGAAGCAAACAAAGACAAGGAACACAAUCUUGAUACUGGGGCUAAUUUGAAAAUUGACAUAUCAGAAGAGCUUGCUCGCAUCGCGCACAUGGAAAUUAGAUAUAAGUGCUCCAAGCAGGAGGUUGAAAGAGCAGUAGUUGCCUGCGAGGGUGAUCUUGAAAAGGCUGAAGAGACUUUGAGAUCACAAAAGCAGGAGCCCGCCUCUGUUCCGUCCAAGCCAGAAGAAACUGGUGACCCUCCUGCCGUGGGCAAUGGCAAGCUACCAAUUACCACCGGCCAGAUUCUAACAAGAGUACCUGUAAAACCUUCAUUAUCUAGUACAAUACCAGCAAAGAGAGAUGAGAAAGACUUCAAUUAUACUAAAGUUGCUGCCGCAGCAGGGCCUCCUUUGGAUCCUGGGAGCAAAAACAUACCAUUGCUGAAAAGGGUUCCGCCAAAAUUGGACUGGGCCAAGUCACCACAAGUGUCGGUACCUGUUGAGAAAAGGUGGCCAAAUGGAGGAUCAAAUCCUUCUGUUUCCUAUUCUUUGGCAUCUUCUUUGCAGGCAUCACCUCCACCGCCCAAGACAGAAGCUCGUUAUGUGGCUGUUGGAAAUGAAUUGAAGAAUCUACAGAUAGGAACUGUGAGAGAACCAGUUAUAGUCAUGCAACGACCCCAGUCUAUCAAUGCCAGGCACCCUCCCACCUCAAAUGUAAGCUCAUCUCCUCCAGGAACAGCAGUGUCGUGGUAUCCUAGUAAUAUUGCUGAAACAAUGACACCCAAUGGUAUGAUUCCACAUAUUCCGUGCACAAGAAGCCUGAGCACGAAUGGUGUCAGCACUAACCAAUUGUACAACCAACUUCAUUAUCAACAGCACCCGCAUCCAGAACAAUUUGUUUCCAGCAAUGGCACACUCGAAUCACCAGGAUCUAGCCGGGGAAAUUGUUUGUGGAGUAACACAGGUGCAUCCCAGACACAAUCAAUUGCUGCAGCUUCCUCACUUGGACUCUUCUCCGGGUUGGGCACCAAUGGUACUUCUGGGCCAACGUCUCCUGUUGACUGGAACACCGGCGGUGGCUCAAUGCUGCAGCUAGAUUAUGCCAACAUAGACUGGAGUUUAGAUCGCGGCUCAUCGUCGUUGAGAACAGGUGGUAUGUGGCCAACAACGAACUCAUUUAUGCAAAACAAUGCUCGUAAAUAUGAUUCAUUUACCCCUGGAGUUGCUGUAAAGUCUACCAUAAGACCUGAUAUGCGCAAUGGGAUUGGUAUACCGAUUCCCGGGUUGCACGAUGAAGCAAGUAAAGCAGAAACGUCGGCUGGUGGUUCUCGGGAGUGGACUUCUCCUUUUGAAGAGAAAGACCUUUUUAGCUUACCAAGACAGUUUGUUUCUUCUCCCUCGCUGUAGGGUGGUGGGGGAGGGACUUGACUGAAUAAAAAAGAAAGAGAUGAAAAAAAGAGAACAGUAAAUGUGUUUUGGAUUUGGUGUUGGCUCUUAUGAUGCAUUUGCCCUCUUGAUAUUGUGAGCAAUUAUAGUGAAAAAGAAUACAGUCGUUUGGUUUUAUA